GCUCCCAUCAGCAUUUUUUAUGGACACAACGAUGUCUGAACGACCAAAACGCUUCUACUUUUCCUAGGUGUUGAACAAGUUUCCGGGGAUUCUUUUAUGAUUUCUUCCUUCUGUCAAACGUGUUUUUUUUUGUUUAUUCGCCUGGUAUCCUGAUGAAUACAAAAACAUGCGGUUCAGUAUUCCUGGUGGCAUUUUGUUGUCUUCUCCUUCAGUCAGCUGAUUCAAGAACUGAUCUUUCAGAAGUAACUGCUUUAAGGGUGAUCAAAAGGAGUCUAAUUGAUCCUAUGAGAAAUUUAAGCAACUGGGAAAAGGGUGACCCAUGUAAUUCAAACUGGACUGGCAUAACAUGCUUCGAGAGAUCACAUGAUGAUGGUCACUUUCACGUCCGGGAGCUCCAAUUGAUGAGGCUGAAUUUAUCUGGAGAGCUGGCUCCUGAAGUUGGCCAGUUAUCUUAUCUCGAAAUCCUUAAUGUGAUGUGGAACAACAUAACUGGGCGUAUUCCUUUGGAGAUAGGAAAAAUUUCUUCUUUGAAACUCCUACUGCUGAAUGGGAACAAACUCACGGGUAGUUUACCCCCUGAACUUGGCAACCUUCGAAAUUUAAACAGGCUUCAAGUAGAUGAGAACAACAUAACAGGUUCAGUUCCACCUGCAUUUGGAAACAUGACAAGCAUAAAACAUCUCCACUUAAAUAACAACACGUUAACCGGAGAAAUUCCAGUGGAGCUAUCCAAACUGAACAACCUCGCUCACCUGAUACUGGACAAUAAUAACUUGACUGGGUCUUUGCCGCAAGAGUUAGCUCGACUCCCAUCCUUUACCAUACUUCAGAUGGAUAACAACAACUUCGACGGUUCUGAGAUUCCAGAGGCUUAUGGAAGGUUUUCUAGAUUAGUAAGAUUAAGUUUAAGGAACUGUGGACUACAAGGAUCAAUUCCUGAUCUAAGCAGUAUAAAAAAUCUUAGCUUUUUAGACCUGAGCUGGAACAAUCUCACAGGCUCUAUACCAGAAUCUAAGCUUUCUGAUAAUAUGACAACAAUUGAACUAUCUUAUAACAACCUCACUGGAUCUAUACCACAAAGUUUCUCGGAACUGUAUUCUCUUCAAUUACUUUCACUUGAGAACAACAGUUUAUCUGGUUCCGUCCCAACAGCAAUUUGGGAGAACAAGUCUUUCGAGAAUAACAAACUGCAAGUUGAUCUCAGGAACAAUAACUUCUCUGAUACCACAGGAAAUCUAAGAACACCAGACAAUGUUACCCUAUAUCUUCGUGGCAACCCAAUAUGCAAAAGUACAAGCAUUCCCAUCGUUAAACAACUCUUCGAAUAUAUCUGCGGCGAGAAAAAGCAAACAUCAACCAAAUCAGAACAAACACCAUGCAACAAUGCGUCAUGUCCCUAUGAGAAGGUGCCAGUUUCCCCAGGACUCUGCUUUUGUGCAGCGCCUCUUUUGAUCGAUUAUAGGCUAAAGAGCCGUAGCUUCUUCUUCUUCACUCCAUAUAUUGAACACCAAUUCAUGGAGUAUAUAACCACGUCACUCCAGCUGGAAACUCAUCAACUAGCGAUUGAUAGAGUUGUUGAUGAGAACAAGCAGCGUCUACGGAUGAACAUCAAGCUAAUUCCCAAAGGCAAAACAAUAUUUAACGUUAGCGAAGUCAUACGUAUCAGGGGAAGGUUUACUUCAUGGACUUUUCCUCGUAAUGACUUUUUUGGACCUUAUGAGCUACUAGACUUCCCUCUUGAAGGACCAUAUGAUGAUUUGCUAGCUGGAGAGAGUGGGAUCAGCACGGUUGGAUGGGUGAUGAUAGUGGCAGCCUCUAUCGUUGCUGCAACUGUUAUUUCAGUGAGCGCAACACUUCUAUAUGUGAAGAAACGUCAUGGGAAUCUGCAUGCACUCACCAGAAAACGUGUUUCCAGAUCAAUAUCUCGGGAAAUCGAAGGGGUGAAGAAGUUCAGUUUUAUAGAACUGUCGGAUGCAACUAAUGGCUUUGAUAGCUCUGCAGUGAUCGGUAGAGGUAGCUAUGGAAAAGUAUACAAAGGCAUUUUGCCAAAUAAAACAGUAGUUGCCAUCAAACGAGGAGAAGAAACUUCUCUGCAGAGCGAGAAAGAGUUUCUGAAUGAGAUUGAUCUGCUUUCGAGGUUACAUCACCGGAAUCUUGUGUCACUGGUUGGCUACAGUAGUGACAUAGGGGAACAAAUGCUGGUGUAUGAGUAUAUGCCUAAUGGCAAUGUGCGUGAUUGGCUUUCAGCUAAUGCUACGGAAACAUUGAGCUUUAACAUGAGGGCACAAGUGGCUUUAGGUUCAGCUAAAGGGAUCCUUUACCUUCACGCUGAAGCAAAUCCACCUGUUAUUCACCGCGAUAUCAAAACCAGCAACAUACUUUUGGACAGUCAGCUUCAUGCUAAAGUUGCUGAUUUUGGAUUGUCACGGCUGGCUCCAAAUUUUGGGGAGGGAGAUUGUGAGCCGGCCCAUGUAUCAACCGUAGUGAGAGGAACACCGGGAUAUCUGGAUCCAGAGUACUUCAUGACUCGGCAACUGACGGUAAAGAGUGACGUGUACAGUUUCGGAGUGGUGUUGCUUGAGCUCUUGACUGGAAUGCACCCAUUCUUUGAGGGUACACAUAUUAUCCGUGAGGUGAGGAUGGCAAAUGAAUCUGGAACGAUUCAGUCAAUGGCGGAUAGUCGGAUGGGACAAAGUUCGCCAGAUAAAGUGAUGAAGCUGGCGGGAUUGGCGUUAUGGUGUUGUGAGGAUAGACCAGAGAUGAGACCGUCGAUGUCAAAAGUUGUGAAGGAACUCGAAAGCAUUUGCCAAUCUGUGAAGGAGACCGAUAUGUUCUCAGAAACAACGACGUUACUCUACACCAAAACAUCGUCGUCGUCGUCAUCGUCUCCUGUGCCUUCAUCUUUAACUGGAAGUAACUUGGACAGUGGCUUUUUCGAAUCUGUAAAACCGCGUUGACAUACCUUUGUUGUGACUCUGAGAUAGGCUAACUGAUGCUAGUGCAAAAACCCAUGACUAAUAAUGAGAUUUGUGUUAAUA